AUAUGGGUAGAUCUGUAGAACAAAGUGGGGAGGGGGGGGACAAUGUUUACCUAAAAUUGGAGAAUUCUGUGUUCAAUGACACUGACAGAAUCUGGAAAGAAGAAUAAAGUUAACGUUUCAGGUCAAGUCUUCUAGAUACUGCCUGGCCUGCAGACUACUACCAACAUAUCCUAUUUGUAUAGAUGCCAGAUGUUGGAGUGACUCAGCGGGCAGUAUCUGGAUAGAAGGAAUGGGUAACGUUUCGGGCAAGACACUUCAGAAUAUUUGUAUUUUGGAAGAUGGACACAAAAAGCUGGAGUAACUCAGCAGGACAGGCAGCAUCUCUGGAGAGAAGGUAUGGGUGACGUUUCGGGUCGAGACCCUUCUUCAGAAUAUUUGUAUUUUGGAUUUGUAGUCUCUUCCACAGAUGUUGCCUGACCCUCUGAGUUCCUCUCACACUUUGUUUUUGUUCUAACAGCUGAAGUACUCUUUGAAGUAACUCCGGACUACAAAGUCGCCACAGCCAGACAUAAAAGCAGCUUUUCUCCUCGAGCAGUAGCUCUCCUCGUCUAUAGCCUCCUUUUGCUCUGGUAUUUUAUAUUAUUCUUCACAUGUUUUAUUUUUAAUUGUCUAGUGUCUAUCGUGUUAUCCUCGCGAGCAAAGCACCAAGGCAAAUUCCUUGUAUAUACAUGUAUACACAUACUUGGCUAAUAAUCAAUUCAAUUCAAUUCACUCCAGGACCCUGCUCCUGAUUUUGUUGAGGCGAUUCCGGUCCAGUUGCUGUGGUGACUGGUGCUCCAGGCCGGGUUUUGGUGUAGGUUUCCCAUCCGAUCCACACUGGGGAUUCCGGUGCGGCGGCCGCUGUGCUCCAGGCCGGGUUUUGCGGCCAACCCCGUCCAUGCUGGGUAUUGUCCGCGAGUGGCGGCGACUCGUCUCGUCUCUCGGCUCCGCUCGACUCGACUCGUCCACCGACUUCUCCCCGACCCACGGCGGCCAGGCGGCGGCGUUGGCGGGCGCCCCAGGCCCAGGCCCAGGCAGGCGAUGGCGGAGCGCCCACUGCGGCUCCUGUUGCUGGCGCUGGCGCUGGCGGCUGUGAGCGCGGCCCGGAGCUCAGAAACUGUCGGCCGAAGAUUCACGCUUUUCUACUUCACGGUGGAGCCAGCAGACACGCUCGCGAUACGAGGAGCAUCAGUUAUACUGAACUGUUCAGUCUUCGCUGAACCCAAGGCCAGAAUUGAAUGGAGAAAAGAUGGAAUUCAUCUAAUUUCAGAUGAACGCAGACAGAUGCUUCCAGAAGGUUCACUGUUGAUACACAGUGUGGUACAUUCGAAGCACCACAAACCUGAUGAGGGAUUUUAUCAGUGUGUGGCCACCAUCGACAACCUGGGCACAAUCGUGAGCAGGACUGCCCGGAUGACAGUAGCAGGUCUUCCUCGGUUCAGCGGUCAGCCAGAUGGGGUCUUUGUGCACGAAGGCGACACUGCCCUGCUGGGAUGCGAGGUGAAUGCUGAUCUCGUUCCAUUUGUGCGGUGGGAACAUAACCGGCAGCUUGUGGCGGUGGAAGGCAGGUUCCUGAAACUGCCCAGUGGUACCUUGGAGAUCAGCAACACCUCCAGCAAUGACGCUGGGUCUUACCACUGCUCUGUGGAAGCCGCAGGUUCUUCCAAGACAAGUGAAGAGGUGUUCCUCACCGUUUUGCCAGAAAUGGAUGCGGAUCGGGAGGCGACAUUUCUCCAGAAACCUGCCUCCGUUAGUAAGGUGGCAGGCCAGUCACUGAUAUUGCCAUGUGUGGUGUCUGGCUACCCAACACCCACCGUUCAGUGGCUCCACCAUGACGAGAUCAUCUGGGAAAGGUCCCAGCGGGUGGCGUUGGUUGGCAGUGGCAGUCUGCAGAUCAGUGACAUGGUGGAGGAUGAUGCUGGGGUGUAUGAGUGUGUGGCAGAGUCUGGGAACCAGACCAUCCGAGCCCAGGCUGAGCUCAGCGUCCAAGUCCCCCCUCGCUUUCUGAAACAACCUAUGAACAUUUACGCUCACGAGUCCAUGGACAUUGUGUUUGAGUGUGAAGUGACGGGCACACCAGUGCCCACCGUGAAAUGGAUCAAGAACGGCGACAUGGUGAUCCCGAGCGACUACUUCAAGAUUGUUAAUGAGCGAAACCUGCAGGUUCUUGGUCUUGUGAAGUCCGACGAAGGUCUGUACCAGUGUGUGGCAGAGAACGGUGUGGGGAACCGGCAGGCCAGUGCCCAGCUCAUCAUCCUGGAGCAUGAUGUUCCCAUCCCUACUGUUCCCCCCACCCCACUGACCAGUGCCACUGCUGACCAUCUAGUGACGGCCACUGCUGGACUGCUGCCCUCUGCACCCCGCGAUGUUGUGGCGCUGCUGGUCUCCACCCGCUUCAUCAAGCUGACGUGGCGACCUCCUGCUGAACCCAACGGCGAGAUCCUCGCCUACACCGUCUAUUACGCCAAGGACGGCGCCAACAGGGAACGUGUGGAAAACACGAGUCGACCGGGUGAUCUGGAAGUGACGAUCAGAGAUCUGAUGCCGGAAGUGAAGUACGUGUUCCGUGUAGUGGCUCACAACAAGCAUGGAGCAGGGGAGAGCUCGGCCCCCUUCAGGGUGGCCACCCAGCCCGAAGUCCAAGUGCCAGGAGCUGCCCAGAAUCUGGUAGCACAAGCGAACUCUGCCACCUCGAUCACUGUCAUAUGGCAGGAACCUCACUCUGACAACGGGCCCAUCAACAACUACAAGCUCUACUACAUGGAGAACGGGGCUGGCAGUGAGCAGGAUGUGGAUGUGGGAGCUCUGUGGUACACCAUGAAUGGGCUGAAGAAGUUUACAGAGUACAGCUUCAGGGUGGUGGCGUACAACAAGCAUGGUCCCGGCGUCUCCACAGAGGAGGUGGUGGCCACCACCUAUUCAGGAGCCCCCAGUGCACCCCCUCAGAACGUCACGCUGGAGGUCCGUAACUCCAAGAGCAUCGUGGUACACUGGCAGCCUCCGCCCCCAGGGACACACAACGGCGUGAUCACCGAGUACAACAUUCGGUACAAAAAGGCCGGUCGCCGGGGGGAGACAGACUCCACGGGAGGGAACCAGCUCUCUCAGACUAUCGAUGGGCUGGAGCGUAACACCGAGUACAGUUUCCGAGUGUCCGCGAUCACCGUUAACGGCACGGGGCCAUCAUCAGACUGGGUGUCUGCCGAGACAUUUGAAAGUGACCUGGACGAGUCGCGGGUUCCGGACAAGCCCAGCUCUCUCCAUGUGCGCCCUCUGGUCAACCACAUCGUGGUGAGCUGGACCCCGCCUGAAGACCAGGACAUCGUGGUGAGGGGUUACGCUAUCGGUUACGGCAUUGGCAGCCCCCAUGCAGAGACCAUCCGCGUUGACUACAAGCAGCGUUACUACUCCAUUGAGAACCUGGAGCCCAACUCUCACUAUGUGAUCACACUGAAGGCCUACAACAAGGUCGGAGAGGGCAUCCCCCUGUACGAGAGUACGGCCACCAGACCACUAACCGAUGUUUAUUUAUUUGAUCUUUUCAAUAAUCCAUACACUCCAGUACCAGACCCCAGCCCCAUGAUGCCCCCGGUCGGUGUACAGGCCACUGUGUUGACCCACGACACUAUCCGUGUUACCUGGGCAGACAGCUCGCUGCCCAAGAACCAGAAGAUUACCGACUCCCGCUUCUACACCGUGCGCUGGAAAACCAACUACCCCGCCAACACCAAGUACAAGACGGCAGACACCAACACACUGAGCUACAUUGUCUCGGGCCUGAAGCCCAACACUCUCUACGAGUUUUCUGUGAAGGUGACGAAGGGUCGGAGGUCGAGCACCUGGAGCAUGACGGCACACGGGACCACGUUUGAAACGGUGCCCACAUCUCCCCCCAAGGAUCUGACCGUGGUCAGCAAGGAGGGCAAGCCCAGAACCAUCAUCGUCAACUGGCAGCCACCGUCAGAGGCCAACGGCAAGAUAACAGGCUACAUCAUCUACUAUAGCACGGACAUCAAUGCCGAGAUCCAUGACUGGGUGAUAGAGCCGGUGGUUGGGGACAGACUCACUCACCAGAUCCAGGACCUAACGCUCGACACCACCUACUACUUCAAGAUCCAGGCCCGCAACUCCAAGGGCAUGGGCCCGCUGUCCGAGUUUGUGCAGUUCCGUACGCCGAAAGCACCAGGAUCUGGCAAACUCGGCAAACACCCGCCAUCCAUGGACUUGGGCACCGACACGAGGCACUCCAUCGGUGGUCACAACAGCCCCCACGGCAGCCCCACCUCCACCCUGGACAGUAACAUCAUGCUGAUCAUCAUCAUCUCUGUCGGCGUCUUCACCAUCAUCAUGGUGGUCAUCAUCGCCUUCAUCUGCACCCGCAGGACCAACUACCAGCAGAAGAAGAAACGAGCUGCUUGUAAAGCUGCCAAUGGAUCCCACAAGUACAAAGGCAACUCGAAGGAUGUGAAGCCCCCAGACCUGUGGAUCCAUCACGAACGUCUGGAGCUGAAGCCGAUCGACAAGUCCCCCGAUCCCAACCCCGUCAUGACCGACACCCCCCCCAUUCCCCGCAAUUCCCAGGACAUCAGCCCCGCGGACAACGUGGACAAAGACCACACGCGCAGGAACUCUUACCUGGGCCGGGGUCAGGAAGAUGGCGUCUCAUCUAUGAGCAGUCGGCGGGGACUGCGACCCAAGAUCAUGAUGCCCUUCGAUGCUCAGCCUCCACAGCCUGUGAUUAGUGCCCAUCCCAUCCAUUCACUCGACAACCCUCAUCAUCAUCACCACUGUGACGGGCCUUCCUCCCCAACCCGCAGCUACCUCCGCCACCAGAUGGCCACCCGCCCACUCGCCUCUUCAUUAGACAGGGCCAAUUCCACAGAAUCAGUACGGAACACCCCGAACAGCGACAUGUCACCGGCACUGAGCUCACAGACUCACACCGUGGACAGCCUGGAGACAGACGUGCCAAGCGUCACCUACCUGCCCGGCUCACAGGACGAGGACUCUAACCGCAGCGUCCCCACUGCCCACGUCCGCCCCUCACACCCUCUCAAGAGCUUUGCGGUCAUCGCCAUCCCUCCGGCCAGCACCGGCUACGAGGCAGCCUCGUCCAGCACACCACUGUUGGCCCAGGCGGGGGCCAAUCCUCAGGUUCAUUCAGUGAAGACGGCAUCCAUAGGCACAUUGGGUCGUAGCCGAUCCCCGAUGGCUGUCACCGUGCCCAGUGCCCCAGAUGUGGCUGAAUCUGCCAAGAUGCUGGAAGACUCCGACACUAACUACAGCCCAGAUGAGCUGAAUGAAGAAAUGGCGCACCUCACGGGCUUAAUGAAGGACCUCAACGUUAUCACCACAGCAUAGAUCGGAGUUCCAUCAGUCACUCAAACUGAACCCGGAGCGGGUGUGCGCAAGUACACAAGACUCCCGGAGGGCCGACUGCAACAUGACGUCAUGUGUUAAGUCUCGUGGGAAAUGCCUUUGUCAUAAUUUCAGUCCAGUGGAUCCAGACUUGUGGAUGUCAUGCAAAUCCAAUCAAGGGCUUGGAAUCUGAUGAGCCUAGACUCUGAUGGACCCCUGCUGGUUUGGAAAUGUACUGCAGGUACCGAUAUAGUGUUGGACAUUCGAUAUCGUCUAUUUACUGCGUGUUUACGUUGUUGGUGUUAUAAAGAGAAUGUUGAAUUGUUACUUUGGCAUCCAGAUGUGACAUUUGACCGCCUCACCAUCAGCUGGUGUAAGAUGCUUCAAUAACAUGGCCAUUUCCUGCUUCCUACGCAUCGCACUCGGACUGCAAUAAAACUGCCACCGUAUCCGCACUCAUCACUGUGAUCUGUCAGCAAUCCCUGCUGGACUUGGCAAGUUCGCUGAUUAAAGCACAAUUAGAAAGAUGCAACCAGCACAAUCUAUCCACAAGGAGGCUCGGCAAGACUCAAAGCACAUUGGUUUAAGCAAACGUGUGCAGCAACUGACAUUUUAUAUGAAGACUGUCUUUAUGUAUUCUACUGGAGAAUCAUUUAGCCAUAAGGAGAAAGAUAAGCUCGCCCUACCCUGGGGUAUGCUUGCACGAUCUUUAUUAAACCUAUCAGUCAGUUUUGAUUAUAUAGCCAGCAUUAAACCCUCAAAUCCAGUUUGAGUUCCUGCCCUCAUUAAUUGUGUUGUGGGUAGGUUUCAGUGGACUGGGCUGAACUGGUCCCAGGUAUAUGGAUCUCAAACCAAUCCCAUCAAUCUGCUUCUGAUGAGGUUAUAUGUUAAACCAUAUAUGGGUUCAGUUACAGGAAGCUCUCUCCAUCUCAUUCUCCCCAUAUCAUUGUACUUGCUUCUACAGUCAUGGUUUUACUAUGUUUGUGAAUAUUGCUUCCUAUGUACAUCUCCAUGAAUGUUAAUAUAACUGUUUAAGGAAAUUUAUUGUAAUGAAUAUAACUGAACGAAGCUGUUGUGAACGUUUAGAGAACAUGCCCCUGUUGUAGGCAGUCAGAUCUGUUUUGCACUUUUUCCAUCUUUUACAAAGAACCUUUUUCUUUCUGGCCUGUGUUCAGAAUUGGGAAACCUCUGGUGUACUUCUGUAGUGUCUUCAUUAGCAAAAGCAACUUCUGUUUCCACGGACACCGAAGGUGCAGAUUGUUUAUUAAUCAAGAUUGUAGAAAUGAUGCAAACUACUGUAGUUUUAUGUACAAAGAACUUUGCUAGUAGCAUACUUAGUGGCUUUUUUUAAACUUCAUGUUCUAAUGUAAUAUUGGAAUUCCAAUACAUUUUGUAUUCAACCAUUAGGAAGAA